AAAAGUGUUCGAGUGAAGUGCUCAGGCAAAAGCUAAUAGCUAAUAAUUAAAUAAAAGGAAAAAGUACUAAUUUAAUUCAAUUUUAAAGUAGUGUUUGACUCAAACGUUAAAGUUAGAACGCAAUAAGUUGCAAAGUGUCAUUCAGUUAAAAAGCUAAAAUGCGCAUUUUAUUCGCUCUAUUGGCCCUGGUGGCUGUGGCGCAGGCCGUUUCCUAUGCCGAUGUUAUCAAGGAGGAGUGGCAGACCUUCAAGCUGGAGCAUCGCAAGAACUAUCUGGAUGAGACCGAGGAGCGUUUUCGCCUGAAGAUCUUCAAUGAGAACAAACACAAGAUUGCCAAGCACAAUCAGCGCUAUGCCGCCGGCGAAGUUAGCUUUAAGAUGGCCGUUAACAAGUACGCGGAUAUGUUGCAUCAUGAGUUCCAUACGACAAUGAAUGGCUUCAACUACACGCUGCACAAGCAGCUGCGUGCAUCUGAUCCCAGCUUUGUGGGCGUGACGUUCAUCUCGCCGGAGCAUGUCAAGAUACCCAAGUCUGUGGAUUGGCGCAGCAAGGGCGCUGUUACCGAGAUCAAGGAUCAGGGACAUUGCGGCAGCUGUUGGGCCUUCUCCAGCACCGGCGCUUUGGAGGGUCAGCAUUUCCGUAAGGCAGGCACUUUGAUCUCGCUCUCCGAGCAGAAUCUGGUCGAUUGCUCCACCAAGUACGGCAACAAUGGCUGCAAUGGUGGUCUGAUGGACAAUGCCUUCCGUUAUAUUAAGGAUAAUGGUGGUAUCGAUACCGAGAAAUCGUAUCCGUAUGAGGGCAUUGAUGAUUCCUGCCAUUUCAACAAGGCCACCAUUGGCGCCACGGAUCGCGGAUCCGUUGAUAUACCCCAGGGUGAUGAGAAAAAGAUGGCUGAGGCUGUGGCCACCAUUGGACCCGUUUCGGUUGCGAUUGAUGCCUCUCACGAGUCCUUCCAGUUCUACUCCGAGGGCAUCUACAAUGAGCCACAGUGUGAUCCACAAAAUCUGGAUCAUGGUGUGCUCGUCGUGGGCUAUGGCACCGAUGAAAGUGGCCAGGACUAUUGGCUGGUCAAGAACUCGUGGGGUACCACCUGGGGCGACAAGGGCUUCAUCAAGAUGGCGCGCAAUGCAGACAAUCAGUGCGGCAUUGCCUCAGCCUCCAGCUAUCCGCUGGUCUAGAACAACAUAUAUGCACCACCGCUCAACCUCAUUUAUUUAAUCACAGAGAAGGACCUCUAUAUUCCGAAGCGAGCAUCUCAAAAGUAAACUUAUAAUUUAAUGGGCAUAUGUUACGAUCUGCAAAACUCAUCAUCGCAUUUUUUAUAUGAUUUGCCAUUAAAAGUGAAUACAAAUUAGGCAUAUUACAAUGUUGAUGUUUUGUACAAAAUAAUAAAAAAUAUUUUUAAAGAGAA